GGAAGAUCGACGAGUUCCUUCUGGGCGGCGGGAUCCCGUGUUCUUUUUCUUCUACUGUCGUCUCUCCAACUUCUCCCAGCAACUUCAUCCUGUCCCCAAUUCACGGGCUCAAUGCAUUACGCUCGCUGUCUACAUGACAUACAAUUGCUUUUCGCCGUCUACGUCCCUACACGUUGUCUUUAAUGCGUCCCCCGUCUAAUCGGAGCCCUCGAGAAUUCGGAGCGCAAGAUGGCCCAGAGAUGGGCGCCUCUCGCGCGAUACCCAUUGACGCAAGCUAUUUACGAUAAUGCGGUAAAAGGUGCUAGAAAGGGAUAUCAGAUUCGAGCAGACAUCGUGAGUGAGACGUUGUGUGACCAAAUCCUCCAACGCUUGUCUCCGUUUCUCCAGAACCGCGCGCCCAUAGAUAUCCUGGACCUCUGGCCUGGUGCUGGCCUUUGGUCAUCCAAGGUCAACGACCUGAUAAAACCUCGGCGUCAUAUUCUCGUUGAGUCCAGCACCGUCCAGAGAUAUUAUGGCAAAUUUUUGAAGGAUCUUGAGGGCCAGAAGCCCUGCUAUCGCAUUUUAACCAUUGACCCCUGGCUGGAUCACGACUGGCCUCAGUUAUUCAAGGAAUAUCUCCCAGAGCAAGGGCAAUCGAAUCAGAGCAAUACGGGAAAGGCAUUAACUAAGAACGACACGUUGCUCGUCCUCGCAAGCCCAUUCUAUUUGGGAUCCAAGAAGUACCAUUACACAUCUGCGCGGUGGUGGGCGAGAUUUAUGAAGGCAUGUGCUCAGCAGAGCGAAUUUCAUACCUAUGGAAGCGUGCGCAUGCUUGCCUUUCUACCAGCGGCAGAAGCGGGAAUUAUUCUUCCACGGUCAAUUAAAGACCGGAAGGGGCCCGCCCUCCUAACCGAGGCCGUAACCUCGAACGCCUUCGAGGUUGCAUGUACCCACGAAUUUGGAGAAUGGGUGGCCUGGAAGGAGUGGGAUUUACUGGUCGACAACACCGCGCGGGUUGCUGAAAGGGCAGCGGAACGUGGUGUUGUCACUCCUCCAGGAAGGGAGGCCCCUGUUAUUCCAAUGGCUCCCCAAAGCCCUUCUCCUGGACGAAAAGCCAUCCCUUAUAUCCCCCACGCGAUGCACGGUCGCCUCUGCGAGGUCGCUGAAGAUCUCAAAACACUGAACCCUGGUUCCGGCAAAAAAGCCGAUUCUGCUUUAAAGAAGAAACUGAAACAAUCCAUUGAUUACUUGAAUUUUGAAAACCAGCGGACAUAUGAAGCCACGGAAGUUCUUAAGCAACAGGUUGAAGUUGACGAACUUGCCAAGUCACUAUCACGAGGUGCUGCAGAUCCAAAGGCAGACCUCGACGAACUGAAGGCUCUGGAUGCGAAGAUCGCUUCGAUGAGGUCUACUAUUCAUACCACGAUGCGUAACUUUCCAUAUAAAAUCUCGACGAAGGCUCAGAUGCUCAUAGACUCAAGACAAGCUGCUUUGCGCUCUGGCAGUUUCGACGAUGCAGUUCUCCUAUACGAUCGUCGGCCGUUCGAAGCAAUGCAGAUUGAUGAUGAGGAGAUCUUCCCCCGUGGACUGCCAACAUCCCUGAUCUAUUUUGAGGCGGACCUAGAUUCACCGAUAGUGCGACGACUUGAUAAACUCGACGCACCCCAAAGAACCGAACUGACCAGCUACCUGGACCUAAUUCUUCCCAGUUUAGUCAGUCGCACUGACAGAACCUUGGAGGAGCUCCUCCAACUCAUUUUCCCCAAUACACAGAUCAAUGAUAUCGUCAAGACAAUACCAAGCCUGUCCAAAUAUGCAGGCAAAAAACUCAAGCCCGACUUCGAGAAUUGCCCAAAGACACUACACCCCGACCACGAGGAUGUGGCAGCAGGCAAGGAACCGGACCCAGCAAUGUCCUUCCAGGAGAACAUUGACUAUGACUUCACUGAUUUCCGUGCCCGAGCUCUGCCAGUAAAUGUUCUGCUGGACAUUAUCAUCGAAUACCUGAAACUUCCUAACAAGCUCUCAGCUCUGGAGCUCACUCGACACCUCGGUGGCUCUGUGACAUCAGCCAUGGCGACUGGCGGUAUGUCAAUGAAGAAAUUACAUUGA